AAGACUGGCUAGAGACGCAUAACUGUCGUCAAGAAACAUCGUUCUCGUAUUACAUAUAAACACUAAUGGAAUCGAGUUGUCCUCUGAACACUCUUGGAUCCCUUGUCGGGCCUUGGUACCUUCGUUGCGGAAGGUAAACAAACCUGGCCAAGCGGUGGAGGGGAGCCGUGGCGGGGCGGUAAUACUUGGGUGUCAAUGAGUUGUUCAAGAUGCCAGAGAGGAAUACAUUUUAGUCACAUGAAGCAGACAAGAAACACAAGGAAAUAUCUGGCACAUAUCAUGUGACAAACACCACUGAAAGGGAGUCAAGGUAUCCAUCUGACUGGGCAGGCGUCCUGUGCUGCCUCCACCAUGUUGUCCAGUUCACGUAAAAAGGACAUAACAGCAAGUUGUGACAGCUUAGCGGGGAAAUACAUAAAAAAGGAAUCCCCUCCAGAAGUUCCAAUAAUAAAUAUAUGGCCAAAUGCCAGCCAGAGUGACAUGAGAAAACGAAAGAGCAGCCAUGCUCCACCUUAUGUGAGCAGCACCAAUCCGCCCUCCCACCAGGCCUCUCCUAUGCUUCAGAAAUACUCGGCUGGAUCAAGAGGACAAGUCAGCGGGAAGCCUCAUGGAGGCACAGAGGGAAAAUACACCCCAAAUGUUGGAGAAGUAGUUCAGCGUAUGGGGGGCCUCUACCUGGGCAAUCGAAGCAGUAUGGAUGGCAUGCUGAAGCAACAGGCACCCCCUCCUUCAGCAAUGUUCAAUCAUACAUAUGUCAACCACUACACUGGUUCUCAGCAUAGCUUAGAUCAGAUAUUGUAUGGUCCCAGUCACAUCAGGUCUCCUCUAGAUCAGCCACCACAACAUGGAGCUAGUUUCUCUUUUUUGGUUCACUCUGGACAGAAGCAGUUGUCUCAAUCCAGCACUCACUUGGGAGGUGGAUCUCCACAGCCUCCUUCCCCAAGACUAGAGCAAGAACUGCCUCUUCCUCCUGGUUGGUCAGUUGACUAUACCUUAAGAGGACGCAAAUAUUACAUUGAUCAUAAUACAAAAACUACUCAUUGGUCACAUCCUUUGGAAAAAGAAGGACUUCCAGCCGGAUGGGAGCGGAUUGAGUCCCUAGAACAUGGGGUAUAUUAUGUCAACCACAUCACCCGACAGGCUCAGUAUGAGCACCCAUGUGCACAGCAGUACCUUCCAAGGAUUCCUGAGAACACUGCCAUGGGGCCACACAGGGCUCUUCCCAUUCCUCACCACACAGACUUCCGCCAGCCUUUGUCUCUGAUGCCUGCCUCCCCAUACCUACAUGAGGAAAUCCCAUACUGGCUUAGAGUCUACUCCCAGGCUUCCCCUGACCAUGACCAUAAGUUAAGGUGGGAGCUCUUUCGACUCCCGGAACUAGAUUGUUACCAGGCCAUGCUCAACAGGCUCUUUAAGCACGAGCUUCACGGGAUUGUCAUGAGUUAUGAAAUGUAUCGCAUAGCUUUGACUCGGGAGAUUGAACGGAGGAUGCAGCAGAUGAAUAUAACAACAGGCACAGGAAGGAGUGGCAGCGGUGUGACCAUCACUGAGAUUACAGAUGAAGAUGACCAUGGCGAGCACAUCAACACCCCAGAACAUUUCAAGCAGCAGAUACUAAAUGCUGACAACUUAUUUGAGUCAAAAGUGUAAAUGCUUUUACCCUCUUUACUGUCUGCUUCUAGGGACUGAAUCAUCAUGUUUUCCCAAGAUUAUGAAGUUUCAUGAGGCAGCUUUUCAUGGGGGAAACUGUUAAGGUUAUGUUGUAGUCUUUGCCUGUGAUUCAUAGAUAUACUGAGAUGUAUGGCUGUGCAUAGCAAAGUAUUAGAUUUUUUGGCAUUGCACUUUUCCCUAUUACCAAAGAUGACAAUUUUUCUUUUCAAAACAAAAAGAUAUCUGCUUUUUCAAUGUUUCUUGUAUUAGUGUCCAUGUGACGUGUCCAGAGUGCUCCGUUUGAUGAGAUUUCAGGGAAGCGAGUAUAUCACCUGUAGGGUGAAGACCAUCUAGGAACCUCAGAUAACGGCAACAACCACCAAAGACAAGUGCUCUCUCUCUCUCUCUCUCUCUCUCUCUCUCUCUCUCUCUCUCUCUCUCUCUCUCUCUCUCUCUCUCUCUCUCUCUCUCUCUCUCUCUCUCUCUCUCUCUCUCUCUCUCUCUCUCUCUCUCUCUCUCUCUCUCUCUCUCUCUCUCUCUCUCUCUCUCUCUCUCUCUCUCUCUCUCUCUCUCUCUCUCUCUCUCUCAAGCAAUACUAAAAAGUGCUAUCAUCUGUCUUAACAAGGGACUGAAAAAAAAGAAAAAAACAACAACAAUGGGACUUCAUGGAUUUUCUGAAGCUUCCAGCAUUCUGGAUUCCAUAAAGAAAAUUUUACUCAAGUGGGACAAGCAUUGUAGUAACCUACACUCUUUAGCAGACCAGAUUUCAGGGAUAGAGAGGUGUAAUGAAGAGACAAUUCACUUCCCAAAAGAAAUGCUUGGAGCUGUCCAGAUAACAAUUAAUUCAAAGAUUCUGGAAACACUGCAGAAUUUAUCUCGGGAUAUGGAGGAAUUGGAAGCAGAACAUACAGCUCUAGUUUCCCUUCUGGAUCAGGCUUUGAAUCAAAGUCAUCGCCUCCUUGAGAAGAAUGAACAGACUGUGUCAGAGACCCAGGCACUUCACUCACUGGAUUCCCUUUGUAAGCAGGUUGCCGUCCUUAUUGCUAUGAAGAAAGUUCCCCUCCACAAAGCCUCACCAAAUGACCUGUGCUCCCUCAAAGAGUUUAGAGGUAUAAAUACAGUGACAAAGUCCCUAGAGAGUGAGAUUGACAGAGAAGUUUCUAGGUUAAAAAUCUAGAUUCCAGUGCCCUCCAUUGUUUAUUUCAGAUGGUCACAUACCUAAUUUUUAAGAUGCAUUUUGUUGCUUUUAAUUAUUUGUUGUUAAUUCUGAUGCAUUUACAAAACUGGAUAUGUACUAUCAUCUAAAUUUCAAUAAUGGGAUAUUUUUCAGGGUGUGGUUAGGCAUUAUACAUAAUUGUAAAAAAAAAAUGUUAUGGUGAUAUCACAUUAAAUAUUUUACUUGGUUAAAGUAAAUAUAUUUUCUCAGUGAAAACAAAUGCAUUUUUAUUAAUGAUUAUUAUAAUUUUCUUUUUAUUUCUUUGCUUUUUAAAAUCACCUAUCUAUUAAUUUUGUGGUGUUGUUUGUGGUUAUUAUGAAUAUGACACAAAAGUCAAGUAAUAUUACAAAGAAGCCAGAUACAGUGUUGUUGCCAGAUGAUACUACUGUAUGUUGACUGCAGAAAACAAGAAUGAUUAGCAAAAAGUGUAAAAUGGUUUCAUACUGCUUGUCAGUGGCAGUAAUUGAAAAUGUUAAAAUGUUAAGUCUUCAAGAAAGUAAAGCAUGAUGUUAUUGAAUUCAGAGCCCCUCAUAGAAUGAAGGCAAAAUGCAAGAAGAGAUGUGACAUAAAAUUUAAUGUGCAAAUAAUAGAAGAGAGAUGAGUAUAAAUGUUACAAUGUGAUUUUUUGUUAACUUGAAAGAAUGGAGGGGGAUAAGUGAGAAAGCAUUGCAAGGGAAGAGGAUAAAGAUCUUUGGGACAUGAUGAUGAGUACAUUAAAAUGAAAAAAAGAUGCUGCUUGGUAACAUGAUUAAACCAGUGCUGAGAUGGAGUGCAUCAUUCAGAUAACAGAGAUAUAGGUUAUUUGAGAGGUCCUUGUAGGGAUGGAGUGAAUAUACAUCAGGUGUUUUUUAAGAUGUAGAUAUGAAUACUUCAGAUUCCUACAAACACUAUUAUGAUUACACUGAAAUGCGAUUACUUCAGAUACAAAUAUGAAUACUUUAUUCAUGAAUGAAUUCUUAAAUAGUUCUGUUAAGAGAAAUUUCUCUAAAUCAGCAAAUCACGGUACUAAAGUUAUGCAUUGGUAAAUAACUUUUAAGAACAGUGGUUUAUGAUUGCUGGUACCAGUGGAGGAGGAUGAGGGAGACAUACUGUGAAGCCAUUACAGUGGUCAUGUAAUAGCAAUUUUUAAAAGUAAACUAUGUUGCUGCAUAAAAAAAAUUGUGUUCUACAGUGUUUUUGUUUUAUCUAAUUAAUUACUUUAUUUAUUUAUUACUUUAUUUAUUUAUUUAUUUAUUUAUUUAUUUAUUUAUUUAUUUAUAUUCAUAUUUUUCAUACUAAGUAUUUGGGAUUUUCAAGACAAUGUAGAAGUGAUUUUGCGCAAACAUACUUUCAGGUGUUUUAGUAUGAGGUUGUCAUACUUGACAUGAAAAUUCUUUUUCCGCAAUAUUUACAAGCUGCCUUGAAGAUGCUGCUUCUGUCAUUUUUUACAGUAAAAUGCUUGAAUAAUAUUGAUUAUGCCUUAAAUGUUAUCUUAUACUAGAGUUGAAAUUAUAAAAGUUGAAGGAAAUAAUACAUAUUAAUUGUUCAUGCACAAUCUGACAGUGAUAUUCUUACACUGUUAUUAUUUAACUUUUUAUUAAUUAUGAAGUUAUGCUGUGAGUAAUAGACAAAAUUAUUGAGGUAAUAUGAUUUACUACUUGAAGGAAAGAUUGCAAAUUUGCUCUGCACUUUCAUAAAAUCACCUGUACAUAAUUUCAAAUACAAAUACACUCAAAUACUGUAUUUGAAUGUAUUAAAAUAUAACUACUGAAUACAAACACUCCAUCCCUGGAUGCUUGCAGUGAUAAGGAUAGACAGGGAAAGCAAUGAAAAUAUAUAUAGAAUGUCUGACAUGCCCUAUAGGGUGUGAUGAAAUAUAUCACUUUCAGAUAGUUUAGUCAUUAGGAAAGAAUAGAAGCAAUGCGUGUAUGUAUAUACACUAUAUAUCUAAACUCCCAAGAAAAAUGCUUGUCACUUAUCACUUCAGGAGUGUUGAAGCUUGUACGUUCCUAUAAUAAUUGUGGGUUAUCAGAUCCUAAAAUUCACUUCCUCUGCCUUUCUUCUUGGAUCAUAGAGCCUGAAAACUUGGCUUUGUGUCUCCUCCUAAGUAAUUAAACAAUGAAGUAGAUAGAUUAUAGAUAUUCUGUGAAAAGAGUUCUAGAGUAUGAGUAUUGUAUGAAUGGACAUUUGGUCAAUCUCACCAAGUGCCUCAUUAGUGCAGGAAAUGGUGAUCAUAAAUGCUAGAAACUUGGAAAUGGUUUGAGCAGCCAGUAAACCCUUCAGUGUAAUAAGUGAUCAGUAGUCAGUGAGAUCCUAUUGCAGAACGAAAGCCUCUCUAAAUGGUUUUAGGAAAGGUUCAACCAUAUAUCACAUCACACUGGCAUGAACAUUUUGGCUGGGUUGCUGGCUGGAUUCCUAAGCUGCAAGGUCACAGCUCCUUGGUUUAUAUCCCAUUUCUUUUUUGCUAGGGAAAUAAGCAAUAGGGUGAAAGGAGACAGCCCCAUGUUGUCUUUGCCCAGUCAGGAAUUCAAACCCAGGAUCUCUCAUUUGUGAGCCAAGUGCAUUUUGUAUAAGCUAAAUAUGACAUGUAAUGAAUGCCAAGAAAAAUUUCAGCAGAGAAGAUAUUCAAAUGGGAAGAAUCUUAACUAGUAAAGAGGGACCACACAGUCUCACAAACAUGAAUACUCAAAAAGUUACUGCCGUUCUCAUCUGCAUUAACUCUGAAAAUCUUUCACUAUUACCACAGUCAGCAACAAAAAUGUAAUUCUUAAUAUAAGAGUGAGAAAUUAAAAAGAAAAACCCAAUUUAAGUUUGCUGAUGAGUCUUUAUGUUUCUGAAGUUUCCCUAAAACAUAUUGGGUCUGAUUGGCAAGUGAUAUAAAUGUGACAUUACCUGUGUUGAUUUGUGAAGAGUUUCUUUAUUAUAAUAUGUGGUGUAAAAGAAAGAAGGAACACUUAGGCAGAUGAAAGUCAAAAUAGCAGUGUGGCAGCUAAAUGAAAAAUAAGUGCUCAGGAAAAAAGGUAUUCUCCAUUAGUGCUCAUAAAAGAAUAAUGUAAUUUAUCUCAUAUUUGUCACAAUAUAAUCAUUUACUGUGAUUGCAUGUGAUUUUAUUCCUGUACAAAAAUCAGUUACCAAAGCUGAGGCACAUAUUUGGAUCUCUGCUGUCAUCCUUAGAGCUGGUAAACUGGAGGAUUUACUGCACUCAUUACUGGAAGGCUGUGAAAACUUCCAGCAUUUACUUUUUAUUUACUUCAGAAAGAGAUUGGACCAAAGGGAAUUAUUACACAAUGGUGCUCAGGAGAAGUAUGGUGAUGCAGGGUUAUUAAAUUUUGCACUGGGUAUGCUAAUUAAAUCCUAUCUGAUGUCUAUUAUUAUUAUUUUUUUCUCUUUAAACUGAUGACUUGGUUUAUACAUAGGUGUGUGGAUAUGUUAUUGAACCUUGUUAAUGUAUAUACCUGUAUUUUUAUACAAGAAGUUUGUAUUGUACUAUACUAAAUAAGAGCAUCAAAAUAUUUAUACAUUCAUAUAAUUUCCAUGCACUUCAUAAAAAAGUAAUGUGCAGCAUAUGUAUAUGAAAUGAUUGUACCUGUUUUAUUCCUGGUUGGUAAUGCAGCAGUAACCUAAUUAUGAGGUAAUUCAGGUUACAUAUUUUAUCAGGAUAUUAUUGUGGGUUUCAUUUUUAUCUGUGGAUUUGGUAAAAUAAACAACUUCAAGCUAA